AUGUCUUCACCAGCUUCCAUGUCAGAUCAGCCAAAGAUCAAACUUUACUGGCUCAACCAAUCCCGCUCUCAGCGAAUUCUCUGGCUUCUAGAAGAAUUGAAAGUACCCUACGAGCUAGAAAUCAUCCAUAGACUUCCCUCUAAACAAGCACCUCCUGAAUUGAAAAAGGUGCAUGCCUUGGGAAAAUCUCCCGUCGUUACGAUUUUACCUGCGGGAGCCACAGAACCAGUGGUUUUGGCGGAGAGUGCGUUUAUCACUGAAUAUCUCCUCGAUCAUUUUACCCACGGCAGUACCCUACUGCCCACUCGCUGGAAGCCCGGUCAAGAAAACACACUCGGUGGCGAAACCGAAGAAUGGACUCGUUUCCGCUAUUACAUGCAUUAUGCCGAAGGUUCCCUCAUGCCUCCCCUCCUUGUCGCUCUCAUAAUGUCUAUGAUUAAUUCGCCCAACCUUCCGUUUUUUAUUCGUCCUAUCACUGGCAUGAUAACCUCAAAAGUGCACGAAUCAUACCUGGAACCAAAUUUCAGCACUCAUUUUACCUUUCUUAAUGAGCAAAUCCAGAGCUCUCCCAAAGGCGGAAAAUAUCUCUGUGGUGAAUAUCUUACCGGUGCAGAUAUCCUCAUGUCAUUCCCUCUUGUAGCAGCUAAACAGCGCGCUGGGUUAACCAAGGAUAAAUAUCCUGAUCUUUUUGCUUACACGGAAAGAUUAGAAAAUGAGGCGGGAUACAAGAAAGCCGUUGAAAAGAUUGUGGAUAUCGAGGGAGAAUUCAAGGCGAUUUGA